GAUAAAAAAUUUUUAGGAAAAAUACUAAUUUAAAACGUCGUCAUUAGGAUGUUGUCGAUGUUACCCAGUGGGGGUGUGGAGGGGUUGGGGGAGCCCCGUGAGGUGAAGAGAUGUGAGGUGUAUGAGGCUGAGGAUGAAUACCUCGAUGUUGAGGAACAUGAGGAAGAUUGUGAGAACAGGAGUGAGGCUAAGAAGCAGAGCAGCAAACCGGUGAUGGAGAAGCGACGUCGCGCGCGCAUCAACUCCUGCCUCGACGAGCUCAAGGCGCUCGUAGCGGACGCCGUCAGCGCUGACCCGACGCGCGGCAGUAAGCUGGAGAAAGCUGACAUCCUGGAGCUGACAGUGCAGCACCUGCAGCAGCUGCAGCGGCAGCAGCUCGGCGCUGCUGUGGCCCGCGACCCUGCGGUGCUCGGCAGGUUCAAGGGAGGCUUCGCUGAGUGCGCCCACGAGGUGUCCAGAUACGUGAGUCGCAUCGACUGCGUGGACGCUGGCGUGAAGCAGCGGCUUGUAGCGCACCUCGGUCAGUGCGUGUCCGGACUGCAGUCCAUGUCGCCCUCGAGUUUUGCCGCAAUGGCCGGCGUCAGGCCUUCACAUUUCAGGCCUCAUUACCAGCAGUUCGAGGAACCUAAGGGCGGCCAUGCCCAAGCCCUUCAGAAUUUAAUGCUUGCCAGAGCAGAGGCGGCCAGGAAUGCAAGUUUGCCUCUGAACUUGCAGAACAAAAAUUUUCAUUCGCGCCUAUCUCCACUCGACGAUAAAUUACCUGCAGCCACGCCGAAUAUUUCUCCUCAAAUGAUGCCUUCAUCAUUACCGGCUACUCCAAUUUCUGCUAAAUUGUCUCCUUCUUCAUCGUCAUCUUUGUCUCCCGAUUCUGAUAGUUUGUCGCCUCCGACUAUGCCGAGCAAACCAGCUCCUCAGGCUAUCCCAUUAGUGCCAAUCAAAAUGCCAAUCCGGCCAUCACAUCCAAGCAUUCAACUCAAAUUGGAAGAACCAGUAUUGGGUCAAUUGUUUUCAGGAUCUAACCGCUCGGCAUUUACGGCGGUUAAAACUCAUAUCCAAUUAAAUUCAGGAGAAUCAUUGGCUUCUGUGAAGGCCGGUGAUGAAUCUUCUACGUUUGUAAAUACCAAACUCAAGUAUAUUCCUAAAGGCAUCGUAGCACCAACAGCCCGUCGUUUAGUUCCGACUGUACAAAACGAUCAAAAUUUUACUAUUCAAAAACGGCUUUCGUUACAGGCACCAUUAAAAGAAGAACCACGAAGCAACUCUAUUGUUUUAAUAAAUAAAGAACCUGUUAUUGGAAGCAUCAGUUCGUAUAAUUCUGGGUCCAUCCAUGCAAGAAAUACAUUGAGUUUGGACGGUGUUCAAACUUCUUCAUCUCUGUAUCGCAAACGAAGUUUGGACUCGCUUGUGGAGGAGAGCCAGCAGUAUAAGAAGGUUAAAAUUGAGCCCCAGGGUGAGUCUUCCAAUAGCUUAAAUUUCCCAGAGGCCAGAUUAGCGAUUAGGAAUAAUAUUUUAAUGCCUCAGCCCCAAGAAGCCGCACCAGCCGUGCCUCAGGAAGAUAAGGAUAUGUGGAGGCCUUGGUGAAAUCGUUUGAAAGGAAACAUUAUCUUCAAAAUUAUCUUUAGACAAUUUUAAAUCAACAUUGCCACAUUUAUUUGUCAUCAGGAUUCACAGAAUCUUUGUAUUGUGUUAAAUUAAAGACACCUGAAUGUACAAAGGGACGUUUUAAGUUUUUUUUUUCAAGUUAGAACCAACGUGAGAGUAAUAGGUGUAAUUUAUCAAUAAAGUUAAAUCAAAGAAAUUUUAGUAAGGAAUUUUAUUAUGGAAUUGGUUUGGUUAAGCUACUCGUAUUUUAAAUCGUCGAUAUAAGAAGUUGAGUCUCAUAUAGUGACAUUUUUAUAAUAGAAAUUUCAGCUGAAUAACCUUGAA